AUGUUUCAGGAAUCACUGCAAAAAGCACUGCAGAAGCUCAGUAGUGACCCUGACACAUCAGAAUUUGCUUCAUACUUCAAGACACACUAUGAGGGAAAUGUGGAGUGUUGGGCCUACUGUCACAGAAUGUAUGCUGGGCUCAAUACCAACAUGCAUGUGGAGAGUAUGCAUAGGACGUUAAAGGAAAUACAUGGUAAUGCAAGACAGAUAAAACGACUGGACAAAGGCAUAUCUACACUAAUGUCCCUAGUUACAGCCAAGAUGUUUGACUGGCUUAUAGCAAAUGUAAAAGGGAAGGUUACAAGCAAAGUUCAAGACAUUCGUAAUAAACACAAAACUAGUUUGUUAAUGGACAAGAUCCUCAUCACUGAGGUAGAUGGUGGUUGGGAAGUGCCAUCCACAUCAUCUUCAGAGGUCUACAUUGUUAAAGAUAACAGAGUCAACUGUGAGUGCAAAUUAAAAUGUAGUGAUUGCAAUGUGUGCAUACAUAGGUAUUACUGUACAUGUAUGGAUUACAGUAUUAGAUUCAAUAUGUGUAAGCACAUUCACACUGUUUGCCGAGAUGACAGUGUCGGUGAAAAUCCCCUGCAAAGUCCAGAGGUGCUGGGUACUGAUGUUGAUGCCACCAGUGAGAGAGCAGCAAUAUUAGCUGAAGUAAGCACAAAAUAUGUUUCAGAAACACCAAAAUCUUUGUUAGAAGGGAGACAGAAGCUUAUUUCAGAGUUUUCCAAUAUUGUCAGUGGAAUGACUGAGACUGAACUUCAGUUGGCCAAAAAAACUGUGCUAUCCUUAAAGGCAAAUGUAGGAGCUGUUCGAGCCCGAAACAGUAAUUUCAAACAAACAGAUAAGGGCCAUAAAAGAAAGCUAAUACCACAGAGGAGGCUGUUUUCUACCAAGAAGAAAACAGCACGUAAUAUUUCUCUGGCUGUUCCAAAUGCUGAAGAAAGAUGUGAAGUAGUAAAUUCACUUCUGAAUGAGGGGCUGGACAUGAACCAGUUUGUUGCUGUGCAGCAUGGUUAUGCCAUACCAAUUGUGCAGCACAGCACAACAGGGCUUGACACCCACAAUCAGGUCCAUGUUGAACAACCACACACUAUGCCAUGGCAGCCUGGUGUUCAUCAUGGUGCAUCAGGGCUGGACAUGAACCAGUUUGUUGCUGUGCAGCACGGUUAUGCCAUACCAAAUUUGCAACACAGCACAACAGGUAACACAUUAAUGGAGCCAUUAUUCCCAAUGUAUCUCAUGCUGCUCUAA